UUAAAUCUUGAAAAAUCCAAAAUCAAGAUACCAGAGCCUUUCUUCGUUUAUAAGGAUCAGUUGAAAAUAUUAAGAGAAGAAAAAGAGAAAUUAAGGAAGAAAGAUUCUGAGGAAGUCAAUGGCAAAUAACAGGAGGCCUAAUAUCACUGAAGCAGUAACUGAAGUUUCUCAACCAGUAGUAUCAUCCCAAGAGGAUCAGAUACGGAGUUAUAGAAGAAUGGCAAGACUAAGGCAUGAAGCACAAAGAAGGUUUUCUGGGCGAAGAAAUAAUACAAGGACACUUGAAAGUCAACUUAAUCCGGAAGCGGAACUUGAAUAUCUCAGCAAAGGAGAGCAUCUCUGGUACCUGCUGAGACACUAUAUAGUACACAAUGGUCAGAAUCAAGGCAUAGAGUUUACCAACAUUAUUCAGAAACCAGAAUCUUGGUUACAGAAGGGCAACAAAACCUACCAUUAAUCAAUCCUGAAAGUUAUUCAAUUCUCAGACAAGAAGGUAUGCAAUUAAUCCAUCUGGGAUUAGUAAUGAUUCGUAUACAUGCCCUUCAUCGUAGAAAUGCAGGCACUAAUGCACUUGUGGUCUUACGAGACACAAGAUGGAGCGAUGAUAGAUCUAUUAUUGGAACAAUGGAAAUAGAUCUAUCAGAAGUACAGGAAUUAAUGCGGUACCAGCAACACCUAGAACAACAGCAGAGCUACAAGGAAUGAGGUGGAUACUGCAACCACCUCUAACACCACAAAUUCGGAAUCCACAGGCUGUACGAACAACUACCCUGAUGGAUGGAUCAAUUUCAUUAGCCUUUUCAAGAUAUCAAUCCACAGGAAAUCCUAAGGCUAGCAAAUUUAAUGAAGAAGAUAUUGAAGACAUUCAUGAUGAAGAAUUUGCGGGUGUUCUUAUUAAUGAAUAUCCGAAAGGCAAGAAAUACAAGACUGGAAGAUGGGAUACCUUUGGGCAACCAAGCGGUAAGUUUGAUUACUAUGUUAAUUAUGACAUUCCAAAUGGAUUUGCAGAUAUUGAACUUUCCCCUCCAACUGGCUGGGAUGAUGAGGAAGGCAACAAUGAGCUUGUUUUCCCAAGCAUCUGGGAAGAUACACCCUGGGAGGAAGACCCAGAGUUCGACCCAAAUGACUUAACAUCACCAGAUCUUGUGGAGCAAGGUCUAAACAAUGAAGAAUACGAAGAAGAAGAAGAUGGACCGGAAACAUAUUUUCUAGGACUUCAAAAUCAAGAAACUGAUUAUCCAGUUCAAGCACCACUAUACCCAGAUCAACAACCAACAAAUUGGGAAAAUUCGGAUGCAGAAUCAGAUUUAUAUUGGCAACAGGUUGUUCAGCAUGUCGAACAGAUAGAAGCUCAAUUACCCCUGGCCAAUGGUUGGUAUGACCCAACACCACAUGAUGCAAUUGUUGAAGAAUUCCUAGACAGAAUACCACAAGAAGGACCUGAAAGCCUGUGGUAUGAAAUAUACGAGUAUCCAGAACAAAAUGAAGAAUAGCAAAAUCCCAAUGG